AUGUCCGACGCAUACGCUCGCGAAGAACAAAACAACGCCCUCCUCUCCUCACUCUCCCAGAAGACGUCGGCGCUGAAACACAUCACGCUGGACAUCUACGACAAUGCACGAUCUCAAGGAACUCUAGAUAAUACGAACGAAGUCUUUAGCAACAUGAGCACCAGCAUACGAGGAUCCGCGGGGCGGCUGACACGCAUGGCGAAACAGGGUGAUAAACUCGCCGUGCUAAAGCUGGCAGGCAUCAUUAUUGUUGCCGUGUUGCUCAUUUACUGGAUUGGCGGCUGGAUUCUAGGUCUGCUCUUUGGCCGAUGA